AUGUCUUUCAUACUUUUCUAUCACACUAACAUCUUACUUUCUUGUGAAAAGCUUGUGGAAUUUGGAAUCGGAAAUAUCAGCAAUUCUUGUGUAGAUCCAGCAAAUGGUGCUAUUAUCACUCAGUGUGAUGGAAUCCCUCUUGCCAUUCAGUGUUUAUCAAGCCCAGUCAUAAAUACAGUGAAUUAUGCUCUGGGGGCCUUUUAUUAUCUUUGUAACAAGGCUAACAGGGAGGAGAUUCUAAAGCCUGAAGUGGUUGAUGUCAUUGAGAGGUAUGCUGCCUCUCAAAAUGUAAGCUUCAGUAAUCUGGCCAAAGCAUUUCUGGACAAGCAUGUCUCUAAGGACAAGUAAGGUAUGAAUCCCACUUUUCAGCUAUGAUGUUU